AUGGACGCCUCUAUUCCUGUUUUUGAGAAACCACAUCCCCGUAUUAGUGUUCUAGAUUGGACUAGAAAUAUACAAAGAUUACAAAAUGAAGCCAGGUUGCAUCGUUUCGAAUCUUACGAACUUAGACAACGGGCUAAUCAACUUCGCAAUGAAACUUCAGUUACCACACGAUGGGACACCUACGUUAACAAUGAGUUAAUGAGAGACAGAAUAUUCGAAGUAGACUCAUGGCGUGAAAAUCAAAGAUUCACACGCGAGCAAGUGAGAGAUGAAAUCAGGGCUUUAAAAGAGGAGAAAAACGCAACAGAAUUGCACUUGGAGUCACUUCAAAUACCAUUGAUGGUGGUAUCUCAAUGUCUGUCCAAUAGAGAUCAGAGAGUACCACCUGAGUUGACUAGAGAUCAACUUGGCGAGGAAUUAAGGAAGGAGCUACAUAUAAUCGAAAACAGCAAACGCGUUCUAACCGACGUCUGUCAUAUGGGAUGGCAGAAAAUCAAGGAUCUCACUAAUGUCUUCUGCAGGUUGGAGCGAGAGAUUCAGAACAAGGACGAUUGCCUUAUGUUGGAGUAUCACGUGAAAGAUUUGACUAGAGAGAGUUCUGAGAUAUCUUAUAAAGUUGACCCUACGAGAAUUCCACCUGACUCAAUGACUGAAGAAAGUUACGUCCACUGCAUACAAAACACAAUAAAAAUUGCGGAACAAUUAAUGCGAGAGUCCAAGGAGCUACGUGAAACUAUGUUCAAAAGUAGAGAACAGGCGAAGAACCAGAUCUACGCGCAAAGUCAACAGGUGGAAAUGAUUGUACGCAGACGUGUCUAUGACAUACAGAGGGCAAGAAAUGAAAUGGAGUGGCAGAAAUAUAAGCUAGAAGCAAAUAUCCAAAAGGUUGAUCGAGAGAUUGAAUCUCUUCGUGCAGCGGUCGCGGAUAAAAUAAACCCAACAAAGCUGGUGGAGACUCGACUGGAGACUAGGACUAGAAGACCAGUACUCGAAAGAGUGCAGGAUAAAACGAUGGGCGGCUUGAUUGAAGAAUACGAAAGGGUGCAUACAAGUUCUAAUAUGCUCGAGAAAAAGCUGCAAGAAGCACUGACAACGUACCACGGCAUGUACAACCAUCACCAACGCGUCAAGAAAGACUUGGAGUAUAAAAACCAGGCUUUAGAAACUGAUCGCAGGUUAAUGGAGAUAAGGAAACCUUUGCACAAAGAAGACGACACCGAGUUCAAAAGGAAUGUUGGAUAUUGUCAUAUGGCUGACGAACUUGUAACCGAUUAGUUGCUGCGGUUAUACUUACUUCUUAAUCAAUGCUUUCUACAAAUGAAUGAUUAAUUAGAGUCAUAACCUGCAAAUAUGCAGUUAAGCACGUAGUAUCUACACAAAUCUCUGAACUUAUCUACGAGUAGUACAAUCAUUAAAUAAAAGAAUAGGAAGAGCACAACUUUUGAAUUUGAGACUUUGGUUUUUCGUUGGAUUUAUGUAAUUAUACAACCUAAUAUGCUUAUAGCACUUUUGUCAAUAAUUUCAAUAAGCAUUAUAGAUACAUUUAAUAGGGUUAAAAGCAAGGGGUAGGCCAUUCAAUUUGUUUUGGGGGUUAUCCUCAAGUUUAAAUGUUAGCUACUCAUUUUAGAAUUAGCCAACAUAACAAAACUUAGUUCUUACAAAGAGGAUACAAUUACUUGAUUUUGAAAUUUUAGAGGAUAUUAACAGUUAUCGUAUCAAGAUAGACCACAAAUAUUAUCUAAGACUAUUGAAAUAGACAAUUCAGAAGCACAGUGAAGAGAAUUCUUUUAUUUCUAAAUUAAAUAUUCUAGUGCACCUAAAAUUCUUGGAUGUGACGGGCACAUCCAAGAAUUUGUAGGCUGAGGUCGUAUGGCUAUGUUAUUAAUAGUCAUAAAGCAGUUGCACAAAGUUACUGAUUUUGUGCAAUAUGUUAAGUUUUUAAGGUUAGGAUUAUAAAUAAAAGCACAUUAUUAAAUAAAUCAAUAAUUUAUUAAGUUUAACAUUCAUGUACUAGUUAUAACAAUAAUAAUUAUAUACCAAUAGAUAAGUUUAAAACAACCCGCUUAAUAUAGAUAAAUUGUAGUAAUAAUUUUAUGAAUAUCCUCCCAUUUUUUUUAUUAUAUUGUUAUACAAUAUUUAAUUUUCU